UGGAUGUGGAAUCCAUGUAAUCUGAGUGAAGAGUGAUGUAACACAAAAUCAAAUCCCAUCUCAACCCCGAAGCCCUAGAACCCAAAUUCCCAAACCAAAGCCAGUGCUCAAUUCCAAUUCAAAAUCCCCAAAAUUAAAGGGUUUCGUCACAGCGAGGACUGAAAAUGUCGUCGGAGGAAAUGGGAAUGGGACCCUCCCACUCCCACUCCCACUCCCACUCACACUCCCACUCCAACCACCUGCUCUUCCAAGACGAAGCCAUGCCCCUGCGCUUCAAUUGCUCCGCCCCACAGCGCCCAAAGACCACGCGAGAGCUCACGGGCUUCAUCGACGACAAGCUCUUCUUCACGCCCCCCCAAGGGCCCCACUUCCGCCGCACCCACUGGAACGACGAUGGAGGUGCUGCCACGCCCAGCCCCGACGAUUCCGACGACGAAGACGAUGGUGACGAAGACGACGAGGAGGUCGACGACGGUGAAGUCGAACGACUUGUCAAUGGUGUUGGUGUUGGUGUUGGUGUUGAUGAUAGCAACAACAACGACGACACUAACACUGGCAAUAAGAUUGAUAGAAGUACCAAUGCCACUGCUGACAAUGGUGGUACCGACAGAAUGGGAAAUGGGAAAGCGAAGCACCACCAUUCCACAUUUGUAGGGUCGAGUAGUAGUAGAGAGUUGUUGGUAGGGAAGGAUGGGAACGUGGGUCAAUCUGUGAACGACGUGACGAGUGACAGUCAUAAUCAUCAUCAUCAUCAUCAACAACAGCAGCAGGGAAGGCUCAGAGUCGGGGGUUACCAAAAUGCGGUCACAAUUGCGGAACCUGAUGGGGAUUUGUAUUACUCUCAGUAUUUGGACGGGUCUUCUGGUCUUGCUGCUUCUGCUUCUGGGCACAAGGAUGUCGUAGCAGUUGUGGACAACGGCUGCGGGUUUAGUGGGAGAAAGGAUGUUUCCGUUUCAAGUGAGUCUGGAGACUCACUCAGGGCGAUUCUCUCCGACCCCGUUACGGGAGCUCUCAUGGAUGAUGCGAUGAUAUUACCUUGUGGACACUCCUUCGGUGGUGGUGGAAUACAGCAUGUUACUAGAAUGAAAUCUUGCUACACUUGUUCUCAGUCAAUUUCGGAAGACUCAAUAGCUCCAAAUCUCUCAUUGCGAGCUGCUGUACAAGCAUUCCGCCGGGAAGAAGAAUUACUGCUUUAUCGCUCAUCCAAAAGAAGGAGAGAAAGGUUUGACCAGGACAAGGGUGGUUUUGGCGAUUCAGCUCUCAUGGAUCCUUCUAGGGGUAGAGGCGUUCAGUUUCCAUUUGCAGUGACAGACCGGGUCAUUAUAAAGGGGAACAAGAGGACACCACAGCGCUUUGUUGGACGUGAGGCUAUUGUAACAACACAAUGCUUAAAUGGAUGGUACGUAGUCAAGACACUGGACAAUGCAGAAAGUGUAAAAUUGCAGUAUCGCUCACUCGCCAAGGUUUCAGAUGACCCAUCCAUGAAGCCAAUGUCAAGCAAGAUAGCACCAAACUGGCUCUAGAGUUGCAGCAUACCAAAUGGAAAUGUUCUGUAAAAUAUACUUGGUUACCAAUAUCCCACGAUUGAAGUAUGUUGUAACUCUAUAGAGGAAGAGGGUUCUUGUUUGUACUUGUAUUGUUAGUAUUUCUUACAAGCGAUCAUGAUUAUUCAGGCCCUGUAAAUUAUGGAAGCUUUGUCAUUGCUGAUUUGGGAAAACCUGGAUGAGAUUGGAGAUAGGAGCAUUGUUAUAGUCGUCUUUGCUUUAGAGCAACGUUGUAUUUAAGUAAAGCAUGUGUAUAAAAGGAAAACGAACGUGUAAUCAAUUUUGGUUUAUAAGAUCUGGUGCUACUUCAAUU